AUGACAGCCGAAGUCUCGCAUGGGAGAGGCGGGGCAGGAAACAUGGCCGCCGACGAUACUCAGUACGUCGACGGCGAGGUCGUAAGGGCCGGCCCCGAGGGCUCUCACGGAACGGGCGCAUUCAGCUCUGGUAGAGGAGCCGGGCUUUCGUCCCCACUCACCCUCCACCAGUCCUUCAAUAUCCCUUACGGUCGCGGGCACGACACAUCUUUGUUGAACCAUUCAACUGACGACGACCUCCCGUUGACACCAGGAGCCGGAAAUAUUGCCGACGCCAACAGUGAGCCCGCCCCGCGUGCCGACAAGGACGUCAUCCCCGAGGAGGCCUGCCGCCCUUCGACCGAGGGCCAGGAUUACCACGUCGGCCGGGGCGGUGCAGGCAACGCCGUCGAGAUAGAAAAGUCGGCCGCGCACAAGGACAUUGACCACGAGAAGAAGGCCGCCGCUCAGGCCCGCGCCGAGGGCUCGGCCGGCGUCAGUGUUGCUGACAAGCUCAAGGCCAAGGUCCUCGCACCCUUCCACAAGAAGUAA